UGUUCCGAAUGGUUCCAAACAUCCAGGUUUUGCAUUUGAUGUGCCAUUAUUUAUCUGUCACUCAGCGUUUGAUUAGAUGUGACAUGAAUGUAACAUAGGCUAUUUUCACUUCUGUUUAUUGCGUAACGUCGAUCCUAGACAUGGAUGAUUACAAAAAUGAACUUGUUGCUGUGAAAUUGGAGUUAGCCGAUGUUGAAGCUGACCUUGAAAAUUUACUGCAGCAUCAAAGACAACUGAAAAAUCGGAAACACGAACUUGAAUCAAUUAUUAAUCAUAAGCAAAAUGACCUAACUAAAGAUGAUAAACAAUGGGAUUUAAUGGAUUUUGUCUGGUCCAAGGAGUUGAUGGAAAAGUUGAAGUCUGUAUUUGGUGUAGGUUGCUUACGUCCCAUGCAGCUACAACCCAUGAAUGUGACAAUGUCUGGAAAAGACUGCAUCCUUAUCAUGCCAACCGGAGGUGGCAAAAGUCUUUGUUUCCAAUUGCCAGCACUUCUCUCUCAAGGUAUGACGCUGGUUAUCUCCCCUUUGGUGUCACUAAUGGAAGACCAGCUGAUGGCUUUAGAACGUCUUGGUAUUGAAGCGACCAUGUUGAAUGCCUCGAGUAGCAAGGAACAUGUAAAGUAUGUGAUGGAAGCGAUGAUUGACAAGAAAGCCACACUGAAGUUGCUGUAUGUGACUCCAGAAAAACUCGCCAAGAGUAAACGCUUCAUGAAUCGUCUUGAAAAGAUGUUCCAGCUCGGUCGCUUUGCCCGACUGGUGAUUGAUGAAAUUCACUGCUGUUCUCAGUGGGGUCAUGACUUCAGACCAGACUACAAGUUCCUUGGUAUAAUGAAACGACAGUUUCCAGGAGUUCCCAUUCUUGGACUUACUGCAACAGCCACACUGAAAGUUUUGGACGAUGUGAAGAAAAUUCUCCAGAUUCCAAGCUGCCACACAUUCCGCGCUUCUUUCAACCGUCCAAACCUUUACUAUGAGGUACGAGAAAAACCAACUUCUCAUAAAGACUUUCUGGAUGAAGUUUGUUUACUAAUAAAAAAACGUUUCCCUGGACAGUCCGGAAUUGUUUACUGCUUUUCGCGCAAGGAUACUCACGAUGUGACUACAGAGUUUCUGCAGAGAGGCAUCAAGGCAGGCUGUUACCAUGCCGACCUGAGUGCGAAGGAGAGAAGUCAUGUGCAUCAGAUGUGGACAAACAAUGCUAUACAGGUGGUUGUAGCAACUGUUGCCUUUGGUAUGGGCAUUGACAAGUCAAAUGUGAGAUUCGUGAUUCACCAUUCCUUGAGCAAGUCGAUGGAGAACUUGUACCAGGAGAGUGGUCGUGCAGGUCGAGAUGAUAAGAAGUCUCACUGUAUCUUGUACUACCGUCUUGGCGACGUGUUUCGACAGAGCACGAUGGUCUUUACGGAACAGACCGGACUUGAUAACCUCUAUGGUAUUGCUGCUUACUGCAUCGACCAGUCCAGAUGUCGACGUGCGAUGAUAGCGCGUCAUUUUGGUGAAGUCUGGGAUGCUUCCGACUGUAACAACAUGUGUGACCACUGCGACGUAAGUUCAAAAAAAACAACAGAAAAGCGAGAUGUCACAAGUCUUUGUCAGAACGUCAUCAAAAUCUUGGAGCAAGCUGGCAGUACAGAUCAGCGGGUGACAGCAAUAAAGCUGAUCGACUCUUGGUAUGGCAAGGGUCACAGUUCACUGAAAGUGAAAGGCCUUGACCCGCUGUCGGUGUCACGUGACAAGGCGGAGAGGAUUCUGGUGCACAUGCUGCUGGAGGGCCACUUGAAGGAAGACUUCCACUUCACCCCGUACUCCACCAUCAGCUACCUUGUACCGGGUCAUAAAGCUGGUGCAUUAUCAAGUGGAAUUUGCAAGGUUUUCCUGGAGUUUGAAACAAAAGUUUCUGGCAUCUCAGGAAACGUUCCAAAGAAAAAAAAGAAUGAUUCUGACAAACCAAGACUGUCAAUUAUUAAUCAGAAGAAUUCCAAAUUCUCUUCCUUCACCGGCAUAGAUACCACUAACAGCAAGAGUGAUUGUUUACUGGGGAAAAAAGAUAACUUUGACCCUAAGUUGGAAAAGAAAGAUAACUCUAACCUUAAGUUGGAAAAGAAAGAUAACUCUAACCCUAAAUUGGGAAAGAAAGGCAACUCUAAACUGGUGAAAAGACGAAAGCCUUUUGUGUGUAGUAGCGAUUCAGAUUCUGAGGAUUUGGCUUUUGGUACCGAUGAGCCCCCAGCAAAGAAAACCGUGUUCAGCAAGAAGAAAUCUAAGACCGCUGACAUUCAAAGAUGUCUAAGUAAGACACAGUCACAGGUAGGCAAUGGUGAUCAUUCAGGGGCUACAGCCAUACACAAGAAUAAACCUUCCAAACAGCAGACACUAACAGAUGGGAAUGAGGUGGAGAAUCCAGUCCUAAUUUGUGAUGACGACUUCGAUUCAGACUUCAGCACCUGAUGUAUUUGUAUUUUGUUUGUACCUUGUUCCAGUUCCUGUGCAUACAGAACUUCAUGGUAAAAAUGUAGGUGCCGAUUCAAAAGUUGCGAAUAAAGUAAACAAAUAACA